AUGGAGAUUCAAUUGCUCAAGCCUCUGAGCUUGGCCAUGGCAAGCCUUGUAGUUCUGUUGGUUGUGAGAGCACUAUAUUUGUGGUGGGUUUUGCCUAUUCGAGCAUAUCGUAAGCUCAAAAGAAUUGGGUUUGGAGGUCCGAGUCCAAGUUUUCCUCUAGGGAACAUUGCUGAAAUGAGAAAGAAGAAGAGUAAGCCUUCUUCUUCGCCAUCAUUGAACAUCACCCAUGACAUCCAUUCAACUGUUUUUCCUUACUUUUUUCGGUGGAGAAGUUUGCACGGAAAAGUCUUCAUCUAUUGGCUCGGCACAGAACCAUUCUUAUAUAUCGCAGAUCCUGGGUUUCUAAAACAGAUGUCUUCAGGCGUUGCAGGCAAGAAAUGGGGAAAGCCGAGUGUGUUUAAAUACGAUAGAAAACCAAUGUUCGGAAAUGGACUGGUAAUGGUGGAAGGGGACGAUUGGGUUCACCAUAGGCACACUAUAACGCCUGCAUUCUCACCAAACAAUUUGAAGGCAAUGGGAAGCAUAAUGGUUGAGUCGGCCACUAAGAUGAUAGAUCAGUGGAAUUUUCGCAUCGCUAAUGGCGAGAAGGAAAUAGACGUGGAGAGAGACAUCAUCAGCACGGCAGCAGAAAUCAUAGCGAAUACGGCCUUCGGCAUCAACUGCGAAAAUGGGCAGGAAGUGUUCAGGAAACUGAGAGCCCUGCAGUUAACUCUUUUCGAGUCUAAUCGCAUGGUGGGAGUCCCAUUUAGCGAUGUCCUUUACCUCAAGCAAACCAUGCAGUCGAGACAGCUGGGAAAGGAGAUCGACCAACUUCUCCUCUCCAUCAUAACCAGUCGUAAGAUGUCUUCCAGAGUUGAUGCUCAGGUUAACCUGCUUGGACUUCUGAUAGCAGAGAACGAAGAAGGUGAUGGCCGACGAGUAGUGAAGAAACUGACCGACCGAGAGCUGGUUGACGAGUGCAAGACAUUCUUCUUUGGUGGCCAUGAGACCACGGCGUUGGCACUAACGUGGACCUUCCUGUUACUGGCUUUGCAUCCAGAAUGGCAGAACCAACUGCGAGAAGAAAUCAAACAAGUAGUCGGAGACGAGCCUCUGGAUCCCACAAUGCUGGCUAAACUGAAGAAGAUGGGGUGGGUCAUGAACGAGGUUCUACGCUUAUACUCGCCGGCGCCCAACGUGCAGAGGCAAGCAAGAGAAGACAUUUGCGUCGGAGAUUUGAUCGUCCCCAAUGGAACCAACAUGUGGAUCGACGUAGUGGGGAUGCACCAUGACCCAGACCUCUGGGGAGACGACGUGAACCAGUUCAGGCCGGAGAGGUUCAAGAAAGACAGCACACAUGGCGGAUGCAAGCACAGAAUGGGUUUCUUGCCUUUCGGAUUUGGUGGGAGAAUGUGUGUUGGAAGGAACUUGACUAUGAUGGAAUACAAGAUUGUCCUAACCCUCAUCCUUUCUGAGUUUUCUUUCUCCCUCUCUCCCAGCUAUCGUCACUCUCCUGCUAUUUUGCUCUCUCUGAGGCCCACCCACGGCUUGCCUCUCCUACUGCAACCCCUUUGAGAAGAUUGCUUUAAAGUU